AUGACGAAAACCAGAGGAAUCCUUCCUCAUGAAGGCCUCUACAUUGACCCAGUUAUAGCUGCCCUACGAAAGACAAUCCUUCACCCGCUUGUCGCGUUGAUUUUCCUAUACCUGGUGCACUGGGGAAGAUUGAGCGUCGUUGCACCGUACGAGAAGCUCGUCCAAAUCACCGCAGCGACCAGUGUGUUCCUGUGGCUAAACGAUUGGUUGAGUGCCAAAAGCCGGAACAAUUGGACUACAGAUGAUACGUGGAACUGGAGGAAAGAGAUUGUCGUGGUGACCGGUGGUAGCGGCGGUAUUGGCGCGGGAGUCGCUCAACGUCUUGCUGCUAUGGGGGCACGUGUUGUUGUGGUGGACAUCAUUCCUUUGACUUAUACACUUGACAACGAUCGCAUCUCGUACCUCAAAUGCGACUUGAGCGACGAGCAAGAAAUCGCAGCUGUUUGCGAAAAGAUCAGAUCUCAAGUCGGCCAUCCUACCGUUUUAGUCAACAAUGCUGGCCUGUCCCGUGGUCGGACGGUGGUCGAAGGCACAUACGGCGACAACAGAAUAACGCUGAAGACUAACUUACUAGCACCAUUCCUGCUCUCAAGAGAAUUCCUUCCAACUAUGAUCCAGCAAAAUCAUGGACACAUUUUCAAUGUUGCCUCGAUGAGUGCUUAUAUCCCCCCGCCGGGACUUGCAGAUUACGCGGCGUCGAAAGCUGGUUUGAUUGCCUUCCACGAGUGCCUUGCCCAAGAACUCCGACUCCAGAAUGCGCCCAAAGUCCGCACCUCUCUCGCAGUGCUGAGCUUCGUAAAAACGCCCCUAUUCAAGGGCGAGACAAACCAGUCGCGGUUCCUGAUGCCUCUUUUACAUGUGGACACCGUUGUGGACGCCAUGGUGGAUAUGCUUGAUAGUGGGCUAAGUACGAACAUUUUUCUUCCGGGAAUAUUUGGCUAUUUUGCAGGCUUGAGAGGAGCGCCCGAUUGGUUUCAAAAUUUGGUCCGGAGUGGUACCAAAUCGCUCAAAGUCGACUUCAAGGGGCGCCAGGAGAUUAAUCCAAAGACUGGAAGACUUGUUCAGUAG